AUGGCUGCUAAAGAUUCAGAGUUCCAGACUCAAUGCCUCGAUCUUAUUCGUGGGAUCAAAGCUGCGCACGAGAAGCAGAAUGAUCUUCUCGAGAAACUGGUGACGCUAAUGGCUGCUCCGUCAGUUGAACAAAAGACAGCCGAGCAACGCGAAGAGAAAUUUCAUGAAGAGGUUGUCGAAGCUCUUGCUCAAGGAGAUAAAGUCAAGCUCGAUGAAGCAGUGUCAUCAGAUGAUCUCAGUGUUGCAGCGCACCAAGAUACGAAUUUGGGCAAUAUCCUUCGCUACGCAUCCCAUUCUUACAAGACAAGGCUCCAACUCUUUGAAACUGGUCAAGAUGGUCCGUUCGUCCUCAGCUCUCAACUACCUCCCUCACAGUCUUCGUACACGCUACCUCAGCAGUUAGAGUACAUACCGCGGCCUCCAGAAGAUGGAGACGUCGUUGUCAAUGCCACCCAGUCUUGGAAGUACUGGUAUCCACGCAACUGGGAGACACACUCCCCCAGGAAUAAACCCAUCAGCCCAGUGCCAGACUUCAUGCCCCCAUGGCAACUCACCCGCGGAGAAAACGAAAAGUGGUAUCACAUCGACGACAUAGACUUGGAGUUUCCCCUAACCGCGCCAGAUACACUCUCUCCAGUGGUAGGAACAUACUUCGAAGUGCCUUACUCUUUCUUCCCGGGACUGCGGAAUCUGAACAUGGCUUAUACGCGGCGUCAAGGAAUCACGUACGGUGGCUCGGGCGACUACUUGAUUGAGACUGCACUUACAGAAGCACACCGAUACAAGAUUCGUCAGUCCCUUGGAGACUUUUAUGCUGUACCUCAGGAUGGCCGUCUUCCUCUGUCGUUCCAUACGAGUGAGCUUCGCAUGCAGGUUCGUCAUCGACGGACGCGGAAUGAUAUCGAUCGCAGUCUUAAUAAGUAUCUCGAGCCUGCGCGUGAGCUACUUAGUAAACUUCAUUGGUUCACUAUUAUUGACCUCACGGCUCCUGGAGGCUCUCAAAACGCUGUUUAUAGUCUACGUGCCAAAUCAUCUCCUUUCCAGCAUGAUUCUCCACCAUCGCGUGUUGAGCGGCCGCCUUGCUGGGAAAUGAUCCAACCAGCGCUUCAAAGAGAGGGCAAUGGAUUUGUGUCAUACCCAUCAGUCAUACAAGACCAUCCAACUCAGCCGAUCCAUCGCGAAGGUAGAUGGUGUCGUGUUAUUCAGCUUGACGGCCUCGCAAACAUCACCGCUGGCCUUAUGGAGGAGAAAUGCACCCGGUAUAACUCCAUGACUGUCUGGAAGCUUCUCUUCCAAGACAACCAGCUGAAUUCAAGCAAGGGUCGUGCAUUUCGCGCUACAAUGAAUCAGCAUCUUCUCUGUAGACCGUCGGCAAAAGACCUACACGGCUCCGAAAACGUCCCGUGGAGGUCCUUUCACAUUUCGUGGUAUCAGCUCUGUACACAGCCUACUGAUGCGGCUAUCAAGCAAUCUACGUGGAACUAUGGACGGCUUUACGGGCAGAAGGGGCCGUAUAUCAAACAGCAGGCUUUCACUUUGGGGUGUGCCUAUCAAGAGCCUCACGGAUCUGAUAACAAGCGUGAUUCUUUUUGGACAGUAUUGAUCAUGAAGCCGUCUGCUACUGAUUUCGAUCCAUAUGAUGUCCACAAAGUUCCACGUCGAACAUACCCGCCCCAGAGCGAUGGGCGCCAAUAUCGCUCAGAAGAUAUAAUUCUCGAUGCUAUUCGGACGAAUUUGCAAAAAGCAGCAAAUGCGUGGAGUCGAAUGCAAGUAGCCCUUGACGCAAUCGUGGAUCACGAUCCUCUGUUUCUCGACCCCGUUCAGCACGACAACCUCUUAUUCGACGACGAUACAUUCUCGCGAUCACGGCAAUACUUUUGGAUCGUCAGUUGUCUUGAGUCUUUUCUAAUUCUUAUCGAUGAUGCUAUAGAGGAAUGGAGGAGGUUUCGUGUAGACUGGCCUCAUAUGAUUAUGGAGAUUGAUCCAGCGGAAGAGUCGCGAACGGAAGAAACACCGGAGGUUUUGACGCGAAGAGCUGUAGGUGAAAUUGAGUCGCAGGUCGAUCGGUUGAGGAUUAUAUCUGCUCGUUUCGAGGCAAGUCGUGACAAGACGAAAGCUCUCAGAGAAGGCCUCUUCAGCGCCAGUGGAGUAAUCGAGAGUCGUGUCUCUACUCGUCUAGGCGAAAACGUCAAGCUCCUCACAUACGUCAGCAUCUUCUACCUACCACUAAGUUUCUGCGUUGCUCUCUGGAGUAUAAACGAAGACUAUCCCCGACCAAUGCUAGCGUUGACAGCCGUUCUUGUCGCGGCUGUGACGUUCAUCGUCGUAGCGAACAUGAGAAACAUGGCUUCUACCGGAGAGGAUGGAGGUUGA